AUGUCCGUGAACGGUACAACCCCCAAAGCGAAAUACCCCGCCAAAGCACACUGCCGGCGCGUGGCGCAAUACCUGGUCGACGCAGGCUUCUCACGACAUGGCGUCCUGUACCUCGAGGCCCAGAAAACCCGCAUGGUGGAGGACGACGACCAGGCCAUGCACUUCCGCCAGCGCCGGUACUUCUUCUACCUUUCCGGCUGCAAGCUGCCCGACGCCUACCUGACCUACAACAUCCCCCAAGACAUCCUUACCCUCUUCAUCCCCCCGAUCGACCCGGACAGCGUGAUCUGGAGUGGCUUGCCUGAGUCCAAAGAGGAGGCCCUGGCGAAAUACGACGUCGACGACGUGCUCUACUCCAACGAAGUGAAUGCCGCACUGGCCGCCUACGGCCCGUCCAAGGCAGCCACCGUCUACGCCAUCCCCGAGCAGGUCUCCGAGCACAUCACGUUCCUGCCCUUCAAGGCCGUCGAGUUCUCGUGCCUGAAGACGGCCAUCGACGAGUGCCGCGUGGUCAAAGAUAGCUACGAGGUGGGCCUCAUUCGCAAGGCCAACGAGAUCUCCACGCUGGGACACAUCGAAGCCGCCAAGGCGGUGCGCACGGCGACCAACGAGCAAGAACUGUACGGGGCCUUUGUCGGGACCUGCAUCUCGAACGGGGCACACGAGCUAGCAUACCACUCCAUCUGUGCCAGCGGCACCAGCUGCUCCACCUUACACUACGUCCGCAACGACCAGCCCCUACGAGACCGCUUGAACAUCCUCCUCGACGCGGGCGCCGAGUUCGACUGCUACUGCGCGGACAUCACCCGCACGUUCCCCAUCUCGGGGAGUUUCACGCCGGAAUCCCAGACCAUCUACGACAUUGUGGACGAGAUGCAGUCGUCAUGCUUCAAGAUGCUGCGCGCCAAGGUGCGGUGGGAAGACGUGCACGUGAAUGCGCACCGGGUCGCGAUCCGGGGGCUCAAAAAGGCCGGCAUCCUGGUCGGGGACGAGGAGGAGAUUUUCGAGAAGCGCAUCAGCGUGGCGUUCAUGCCGCACGGCCUGGGCCACUACCUGGGCAUGGACACGCACGACACAGGGGGCCACGCCAACUACGACGACCCGGACCAGAUGUUCAAGUACCUGCGCGUGCGCGGCGAGUUGCCGGCCGGCGCCGUCAUCACGGUCGAGCCGGGCAUCUACUUUUGCAACUUCAUCCUCGACCCCGUGCUGGACGACCCGGAGCUGAGUCGCUACAUCGACAAGACCGUGCUGGACAAGUACUGGACCGUAGGCGGUGUGCGGAUCGAGGACGACGUGCACAUCUUGGAGGAUGGCUAUGAGAAUCUGACCAAUACGCCCAAGCUAUGA